UACGACAAGGGAAGUUUGAAGAGCGUUUCGUACGCCGUACGUACAGCAGGUGCUCCGCGCCGUGCGUGUGCCAAGCUAAACAACUGAGACAGUUUUUUUUUUGUUGUAGUUGUAUUGGCGACUGUAGUAAGAAGAACAGAAAUAGCUUUCCGUUGUUCUCCCCGCUCCAAAUCGGCGAUAGUCGGUUGCUUGAUUUGAACUUUUUUUUUGAGUUAUUUGUUUUGUUCGAUGCCUGUAGUUUCGUUACUUCGUUACAAUCGAUCAACGUUAGCGCUGCUGCUCGGUUAACGAACACGGAACCGGUGUUGAUUGUUUAAGCAUUAGGUGAUGUCACUGCGCGCGAUCGGUUUCACUGUUCAGCAGCCUCUAUUUGUAGAUGUGUAAGGCAGACAGCGAAAGAGAUAGUCCCAAGAAGAACCAGAUCAUCUUCGUGGGUCGCCAGAUCACGAAAUAGACGAAAAGAAAAAGCCGCCUGACGUUGUAUCGAUCUCGGAUCGUUUCGCAUUAGCGAUUCGCUUCGAGUCGAAGAAAGCUGUCAUUGCCGAAAGACGCCUGUUUACGGUCGUCGACCGUGAAAGACUUCAUUAACCAUGACUCGACUGCUUACACUCGGACUAGUGUUAGUAGGGUUUACCUAUACAACAGCUACUGAGUACGAUCGUUUCGAUCCAUUCGGUGAUAUCACCGAUCGUGUGUCCGCCAACGUGAGGAGCUUACUUGAUGAAGAUGCGCCGCCUACAAACGUCAGUCACAUAUGCGUGAACGCCAGCAAGCAGUACCUCGAUAAUUUAAAAAAAGGCCAAGAAUGGGCCCUUAAGAUGUUCGACUCGACGGGUCGGCCCGACAACGGUGUCCUGACGGGUGGCUUCUCAUUUCUCGGUUCCUAUUCGGAAUGCCUGCAGGCCGUGCCUAGUCCGAUUGAGUCACAUUUUCAACCUCCGUUCGUUAGCCGAUACUGCAUGGCAACUCUCAACGUGGCCCAUGUAACGGACAAAGGCUCAGCGUAUCUCCCGGACAUCAUCUGGAAAAAGACAAUUGACGCCCAGAUCGCGCGUAUCGGCCUGUGUGUGCCCUCACUCUGCUCGCCGGAGGACAUUACUGGGCUUGUCGAAGCGACGCUUAAAGAUGUCGUUGUCGGAACACAAGUGGUUAGCACUUCCUGCUCGGACACAGGUAGCACAUACAGUGCCGAUCGCAAAGCGAUCAUGAUGACCGGAGCUGUGUUAUUCUUUGUAACUCUCGCCGGCGUUGGCACGUUCUAUCAAUUCAGCAGAGACACGUGUAGUGCGCCCAAUGACGUGGUAGCAACCGCAGGCUCAACCGACCCCCUCAUGGCACCCGUGAAGGUCCGCAGGUCUGCUAUCGGCCGUUUGUUAAUGUCAUUUUCAGUACUUGAGAACAGUGGGAAGAUUUUAAACACGGGGAACAGCAACGAGGGGAUAACGUCGAUACAUGGCCUCCGUCUCUGGAGCAUGCUGUGGAUCAUCUUCGGCCACUCCUAUUCAUUUGCCCAGCAGUGGGUCACUUACCGUAAUGCCGAUGUUAUGAAGGUCGUUCCUGCUGACAUCAUCAGCCAAGGCAUCGCUAAUGGAACUCUGUCGGUAGACACCUUUUUUUUCAUCUCGGGCCUUCUCGUCGUCUAUGUCACCUUCAGCAAAAUGGAUCAGACCGAGGGGAAGAUCAAUAUUUUCAUGUUUUAUUUUCAUCGCUAUUGGCGUAUGACUCCUUUGAUGCUGGUCGUGAUCGGAUUGUGUGCCAAUGUUCUGCCGUACAUCGGUGGAGGACCCCGAUGGGCAGAAUCAAUUUCAACAUAUGAUAUGACGUGUCAGAAGAACUGGUGGAUUAAUGCACUCUAUUUGCAAAACUUCAUCAAUACACCUCAAAUGUGCUUGAAUCAUACGUGGUUCUCGGCGGUCGACAUGCAAUUCUAUAUUAUCUCGCCGAUCAUUCUGCUGGUGCUAUACAAGAACCGCACGUUCGGCCUCUUGCUAAUUACGUUCUUGGGACUGGCAUCGAUCGCUGCAACUGCUAUCAUCAUUGCGGUAAACAGUUACCCGGCGAUGCCGUACAUCUCCAACAUUGUUCCUCUCGAGCUUUUAAAUGGAUAUUCUUCAAAUGUUUACAUCAAGCCGUAUUGCCGGAUCGGCCCCUACCUUGUUGGUAUGGUGACCGGUUACGUGAUUCACCAGAGUAAUGGGCGAUUGCAAUUCAGCCGACGCACGACAAUCCUCGGUUGGAUUGGCACCGUAACUGGCAUGUUGGUAGUUCUCUAUGCCAUGUGGAAUGCCAAUACCGGCGUGUCUUUGCCUCCUGUAGCUAUUGCAGCUCUGUACGGCGCCUGCUCAAGAACUCUGUGGUCUGUUGGCUUGACUUGGAUCGUCUUGGCCUGCCUGUCCGGUCAUGGAGGCUUCGUCAAUUCGAUCCUAUCAUGGAAAGGAUUUGUCCCCUUCAGCAGGCUUACCUACAGCGCGUACAUCAUUCAUCCCGUAAUCAUGGCAAUUUUUUAUGGAUCACGGGAGAGCGUCUUCGAUUAUUCUCCAUCACUGUUGACCUAUUUCGCCCUAGGUAACAUCGUCGUUACCUACUCGUUUUCGUUUGUCAUGUCGUUGUUAUUCGAGUCGCCACUAAUUGGCAUCGAACGCGUGCUCUUUUUCCGCAAGUAGUUAACCAGCUCCAGCCAGAGAACAAGGACGGACGUGCGGUGGAUCCUGAACGAAAGCGGGACGCGCCUCGACAAUAGCCCUCCAUAUGCAGAAAGAUAUACUAUUUAGCAUCCUAAAAUUAUUUUACCAUUCUCCCAAUACUUUAUGUUGGACGAGGAAAUGCCCACACUAAAGGGGACCCAAGUAACGCAGAGCAAGAAGAAGGUACGACAGGUGACAAGGUACAGCAGGGGUGGCGACAGACGGCAAACUGCUGCAUUAGGGAGUUGAAAAAUAUAGAAAUUGUCAAUACCAGUCCUACUGUAGAAGCUACCGAUGACGAACAGCGAUGCAAACAUUUUAUGACUUUUACUCCGUAGAACGAUCUCGUCCCGUGCGGGCGUAUCGCUCAUAACGCUUGCAAGUGUCGCUCGACCACCGACUUGAUGGUCUCAAACUCGUUGGCGCAACAUUGCCAGGAGCAUCGGACUCUGAUAAUCUGUGAUAUAAUCUAAAGAGUUAAAUUUCAUAGUAUUAUUUAUCAAUAUAUAUAUAUAUAUAUAUAUAUACAUAUCGAAGCACAUAAAUAAGACAGUAACGACGAACCGUAGAUAAUUUCGCCUCUACCACAACCAGUGCUAUCCGGCCAAUUAAAGGAAUUUAAACGAUG